AUGCAUGUCUCCAAGGCAGCGUUCCUGGGAGAUGCGGUGGCCGUUGCCGCCGAGCGACAGAUGGCGCCUCAGUUCGCCAAGGGGAGGCUGCGGUACAUCGACGCCGCGCACCUCGUGAUGUUCGGCCUCGGGUGUGGGGGCGAUGAGGUCUCCAGCGGAGCCGCCAGAAGCUGGCGGUUCAAGAUCAAGAGCUACUUGGAGGACGUGGCCGACUCGGACGGGAUUGGGGCGGGCACGCUGGGCCACAGCGACUUCGCCGUGAGCGCGUCGCCCAGCGUGUUCAGGUUUUUUUGCGACAUGGACAUCUCACCUACCGACGUGGCGUAUAUCGCCACCGAGAUCGGAGCGCACAAGCUCAACCAACAAAAAGCACGAGCCCGGGCGAAGCGGGGCUCUUCGGCAUCGGGGAGCGCUGCCCCGCUCCAGGGCCACGGCUCCAGUCAUGCCAUGCCUGUGGCGGACCACGACGAGCCUCCCGCUGCCUGCGUGCCGCAUGCUGGCGGCGUGCCCUACGCCGAGUUCAGUCACGGCGAACUCGUCGCGGUGCUGGGCGUCCGAGACGCCACUAUAGAGGACCUUAAAGCGCGGCUGCACGAUGCGCAGAAGCUUAAGAGCUACCACAGGAAUAGGAACCAAGCGCUAGUGGCAAUGCUUCGGGCUACCGAGGAGGAGCGCGAGGCGUUGGUGCACAAACUCAACCUCCGCCCGAACUUGAGGAACGUGUCCGUCUACGGCGGGUAUGCCCUGCCCCUCAGCAGAAACGUCGGGCACGCUGGUGGCCAAGCAACGCUCGGAAUGAUUGCUGGGGGCGAAGAGAAGGGCGACCUGCACGACAAACACAUCGUGUACAGGUACGAGCAUCAUACUGCACAUGCCCUGCAAAUGAGGGCAGCUUCUGAAUACGAUGCGCUGGGCGCCUGCGAGAUGGAGGUACAUUGUUUCAAGUCGGAUGCGACCCACCAGGAAGCCAUAGACCACACCAAGAUCCAUUGUGCCACGGUCGCGUCGAUCGGGGUGCCCUCGCUCGCCCUUUUCGACGGAGACGAUCAGGGCGAUCUGAUGGCGCUCGCGGAACAGCUUGUGCACGUGCGGGCUGUGUGCGACCUUCAGAAUGUGGUGCAUGGCAAUGGGGCGGAGACGUAUGCGCUCUCGCUGCUGGAGCUGAAGUCGGUGUCUUGUCCGUCGUGGGAGGCUCGAGCCGACGAGGCCAUCGCCGCGGCCAGGGCGCCUGGUGCCGACGCCCGUCGCGUCGCCACAUAUUGCUUCGGGGCCGACGCGGGCCCCGACAAUCUUGGCAUGUGCAAGCGUAUCCGACAACGGCUUCUGGGUAACGACUCGGUGUCGUUCGUGAUGGUAUUUUGUUUCAUGCACCAGAUCCAUCUAGCGGUGCUGGCCAUGCUUACUAUCGUGGAGGAGUGGGAGUGGCCUGAUACGGGUGCUGACGGUAUGGCGGCGCCGCCUGGUAGAUACUUCUGCUCGGUGGCGACUGUGGCGAAUGUGUGGAGGACGCCUGGGUCGCAUCGGAAGAUCAAGGGCGCUGCUGCCCGACUAUUUGAUGGGCACGUCAGUGAAGCGUACUUCGGCCGCCUGCCCGGGCGCCCCUUGCGCGGCAGAUGGGGUCGCAUCAGCGACGUCGAGAAACUCCUGGCGGCUGCCCGCAAGUACAUAGGACAAGUCUUCGCCAAGGUCUGGCAGAAAGACGUCGCAGCUGCGAAGUCCGCGCAGCCCGCGGAGGCUGGGGGUGGGCCGCGGGUUGGGGCUGACGAGGACGCCCAGUACAAAGCCGAACAGCGCACAUACAGACUCACAUCUGUGUCAUGCACUAACAGCCGCUUGUGGAACGCCCAGGUCCUUAUCAGCCUGGUCGCAAAGGGGCCUCUCUCAGAGUUCCUCAAUUGGGCUCAGAAGGCCGUCGGCAAGAACAAUCAGCUGCUGAAGGCGGCCGAUAAGUUGGGAACAACCUACGUUGGACCUACUCCCCUCAGCGAGCUCGUUGGAAGCAAGUCGAACGACAUCUACCAGAAGAUUUGCGCCUUGCUCACGAGUACGGCCAUGGACGAGGACACCGUGUGGGGCCCCUUGUGGGAGUCGCUGCAACACCGCGAGGUGCGGGCCUCCGCGUGCGCUUUGAUAGUGAGGUUGGUCCUUGCAGAGGCGGCGAGCUGGGAGCACCGCGUGCGCACCAAGGUUACGUCCUUCCCCUUGCUGCUCUUGAGGAUGGUGGAGCAGCCUCCGCACGAGUUCGACCCCGUGAGGCAACUGGUCGCCACGGAGCUCAUGACGACUGACGAUUGCUGCCUUCAGGCGCCCUAUUCGGAUCUGGCAAUAAAAUAUAAACGUUUGUUCGGGCGAGAGUUUCAGAAGGCGCGCGAGGAUGGGGACUGCCCGCGCCGCCUUUACAAUGCGCUGGUGCUUCUGCGCAGCAAGCUGCCGCUGGAUAACCAGGACCUGGAAGGGAUGAACAGCAUCCUCCAACAAAUGGCGAAGCUCGCUCCCCGCCUGAAGCUCCCCAUGGCGACGGCGCGGAUGGUCAUCAAGAAGAGCCCCGACAUCACCGCCCAGGAGUGCGCCUCCAUGCACACGGCCGUGACAGCCUCGCAAGCGCUGCCAGAGCAAGCGUUCAGGUUUUUGCCGAUCACGUCGGACCAGCUUCUACCAGAGCCUCCACGCUUCAAGCCUUGCAAGCAUCAAGCUCCAACACAUGCUGCCCGGGCGUGCGGCCUGUCCCUGGCGGCGUAUGCCGAGCUCGAUAUCGACGUGCGCCACAUGUAUCACGUCAGCGGGAGGAAAGAUGUGUACUUCGUGCUGUGCUGGUCGUAUUCAUGCCACUUGUGGGUUGCACUGGGCUCCGUUGAUACCUUCUUUGGGCCGAAGUGUUUUGCCCUGAACCAGCCGCUGGAGACAUUGCCCCUGCGCGACUUCCCACUGCGACGUGGAGGGCUCCAGGCUCCGCCGCAAGGCGACGGGCUGUCGAGCAAACGACGGCGUGUAGGUGAGGACCUCGAGCUGACGCGAGAGACGCUCGUGUGGAACGCCGUCUCCCAGGCAAACGUUACGCCCCACAGCAGGGCCACCGUGGCGCUGACGCCGCGCCCGCCGCGGAAGCAGGAAGACGGGGUCACGGAGGCCGACGAUGACCAGGUGGACCCAUGGGCCCAGGAGUUGGAGUCCGAGCUCGGCCGCAUCAUGGAGGAAGUCGAGGCGAGAGAGGCAGAGGCCGCAAAGCUAGAAGAAGGCUUCGAGGACCAGCUGGAGGCGGCCGAAGACGCAGUCCUUGACGAGAGCGGCCACGCAGACGAGCCAGAUGAACCCGAGCGCCCCCGACCUGCGGCGGGAGCAGCAGUCCGCCCACUUGAGCCCGAGGAUCCCCUCAUCGAGGGGAUAGAGGAGCGAGCGCGGGUGAAUGAGGGGCGACUGCGCCUUGCUUGGGGGCAGAUCGCCACCCAGUCCCCCGCCACCCAUCCGAUGCGCCAUGGAGUGAUCUCGCUGAUCAAGCGCGGAGACCUCGUGAUGUUUGUGCGGUGGACGACAAGGCCAGGGAAGUGUAGGCAGAUCCAGCUCGACCGCUACAAUAGUAUCUGUACUGUGGGCCCUGUCCCAGAGAUCGACUUGAACGACGGCAACUACGAGGUGAUCAUUCGGGACACCAUGACCAUCAUGCUCCAGACAUCGGCGGCCGGGCGCCCGCCCAUGACGCCGUGGGCGCUCACGCUGCAGACCCGCGCCAACACGCGCAUGUUCCAGGGGCCGUUCGCUUCGAACGAGCUGGAGUGCGUGUCGUGCCAGGGCGACAUCCUCGGGGGCAUGGGCGGGGACCCAGAAUGGCGCGUGCAGCUCCAGCUGUGCAUGUGCACAUGUUGCUUAUCUCCGUGGCACAACGCCUGCGUCGACAUGGUAGCCGACGACGGUCACCCGCGCGAGGGGUUCGUGUGCCCUGCGUGUAGCGAGGCGGGCUUCUUCGCCCCCUAG